UACCGCAUCAGAAGAUUGUCUGUCGCGGCAUUCGGUGUAGAGAAGCUGAGAGAAAACCUUUGCCGGUUAACGUCUUUAGCGUUUUGUUCUGAAUUUGAGGAAGCACAAUGGUGUUCCUAAAGUUAGCCACGUUCCUUGGGUUCGUUUGCCUCUGUUUGGCCGGUGAACAGGAUGUUGUUGAUCUAGGCGACUCUGAUUUCGAGGCAAGGAUCAACGAAUAUGAAACUGCUCUUGUCAUGUUUUACGCACCUUGGUGCGGACACUGCAAAAGAUUAAAACCCGAAUACGCCAAGGCUGCUGAGGAUCUGAUCAGGAAUGAUCCACCUGUUUAUCUGGCCAAGGUCGAUUGUACUGAGGCUGGUAAGGAGACUUGCAACAAGUUCAGCGUCAGCGGAUAUCCUACGCUGAAGAUCUUCAGAAAUGGAGAAGUCUCGCAAGAAUACAGCGGCCCAAGGGAAGCUCCAGGUAUUGUUAAGUACAUGAAGGCUCAAGUUGGACCCAGCUCUAAGGAGCUGACCAGUAUGGCUGAUUUCGAGAAAUUCCUGACCGUCGAAAAGGACGUCUCCGUCGUUGGCUUUUUUGAGAAGGAAAGUUCUCUGAAGGCUGCUUUCCUCAAGCUGGCUAACAAAGAGAGGGAGAAGAUCAGGUUUGCUCAUUCCUCAUUCAGUGAUGUAUUGGCAACUAAAGGAUACAAGGAUAAUGUAGUGUUGUACCGUCCCAAACAUUUGUCCAAUAAAUUUGAAGAAGACUUUGUUGUAUUCUCCGACUCCAAUGUAGACAAAUUGCACAACUUUAUCACCAAAAACUAUCAUGGCAUUGUUGGUCAUCGUCGUGCGGAUAACAAACAAGACUUCCAAAACCCAUUGAUCGUUGCCUACUACAUCGUCGAUUACGUGAAGAACGUCAAAGGUACCAAUUACUGGCGUAACAGGAUUUUGAAGAUUGGUAGCCAGUACAAGGACAAAUUCACCUUUGCUGUAAGCUCAAAGGACGAAUUCCAACACGAACUGAACGAAUAUGGCAUCGACUUUGUUAAGGGAGAUAAACCAACGAUUUUGGCCAGGAACGCCAAGAACCAGAAAUUCGUGAUGAAGGAUGAGUUCUCCAUGGAGGCUUUGGAGCAGUUCAUCAAGGAUAUGCUUGAAGAGAAGUUGGAAUCAUAUUUGAAAUCUGAAGCAAUCCCAGAGAGCAACGCCGAACCAGUUAAAGUAGCUGUUGCCAAGAAUUUCGAUGAAAUCGUCAUGGAUAAUGGCAAAGAUACGUUGAUCGAGUUCUACGCCCCAUGGUGCGGACACUGCAAGAAAUUGGCACCAGCCUACGAUGAGGUCGCCCAGAAGCUGGAGAAUGAGGAAGUAUCCAUCGUGAAGAUGGAUGCUACUGCCAACGAUGUUCCACCAACCUUCGAUGUCCGCGGUUUCCCAACUUUGUUCUGGGUACCUAAGAACUCCAAGGAUGCCCCAGUUAGGUACGAAGGCGGCAGGGAAGCCGACGACUUCCUUAAGUACAUCGCCAAGCACGCCACUAAAGAGUUGAAGGGCUUUGACAGGCAGGGAAAUCCAAAACAAGAAAAGACUGAACUUUAAAUGUGUCUCAAAGCGUCUUAACUUUACUUUAGGUUUUAAUUUUAUAUGUAUACAGUAGAAUAUUUCCUUCACGAAUUAGGAAAAAAACCUGCAAAAAAGAAUCUUUUGAAAUUCCCAAAAUCAUACAAAUAUACAAGAUAUACUGAUUUCCUAA